AUGUCCUACCCGGGACCCCCAGGUUUCGGAUCUCUUCCUCCUCGACCGCCAGCGAGCAAGAGCGCCGGCGGAUUCAAGCCAGCAUUCCCUCCUACGUCGAGUGCUGCCCCGACCUAUGCUGCAAGCGCACCCUACUCCGGCCCCUCAUCCUACAGUGCAGCCCCCGUCUCAGCACCCCAGUAUGGCGCCGCUGCCUCUACCUACUCCUACCCGCAGGCACCCGCCGUAGGUGCCGGUCGUGGCGGCUACGGGGCAUCAAGCCAAUCCUACAACUACUCAGCCAGCUAUGCGCAACAGCCAGCCUACUACGGUGCCUCAGCUACGGGGUCCUACUCCACGCCGCCACAGAUCCGUAACCCUUUCCCACAGCCGGGAGCCGCCUCCGCUGCCGGCCCUGCUGCCGCCUCUGCUGCGCAGAACCCGUUCGACCGCAGCGAUCCGAACUAUGACCCCGAGAUGGCAGCGCAGAUCGCGCAGUGGCAAAGCGCUUACCUACCAAAGGAAGGAGCCGAAGCCAAUGCCACUGCUGGCGCUAAGGCAGCCGGGGGCAAACCCGGCACUGGAUCCGGACCGACGUUCAACGCGGAGAUCGCCGCCAAGGCCGCUCAGGAAGGAGCCGCGAACACCGCGGGCGACAAACAGAAGACGGUUUAUCGCGAAGGAGGAGGCAAGAAAUGGGCGGACGAUUCGCUGCUAGAAUGGGACCCUUCUCAUCUGCGAAUCUUCGUCGGUAACCUGGCGGGCGAAACGACCGACGACUCCCUGCUCAAGGCGUUUGCGCGGUGGCAAUCAGUGCAGAAGGCGAAGGUGGUACGGGACAAGCGGACUAAUAAGUCCAAGGGCUUUGGCUUCGUCAGCUUCAGCGACCCAGACGAUUUCUUCCAGGCGGCCAAGGAGAUGAAUGGCAAGUACAUCCAGAGCCAUCCGGUCGUGGUGCGCAAGAGCACGACGGAGAUCAGGCCUGCAGUUGUCAAGAAUGACAAGCGCAAAGGCAAGAACUACAAGAAGGGAGGAGGCAACAAGUCUGGCAGCGGCGCGGGCAACGGUGAUGAAGGAUACUCGCCGCACCUUGGGCCCCAGGCUGGAGGCGUCGUCAAGUCUGGUUCAAAGACCAAGGGCGGCAUGAAAUUUUUGGGUUGA